AUGCUCUCACGAUCCACACUCAUAACAGCCCUCCUCACACUCGCCCUCAUCGCGUCCAGCUUCACGUUCUACACGCACCUACGACGCGAUGGCCAACCCCCCUCUGCCCUCCCUGGAGAGCACAACAACAAUAACAACAACAAAACAAAAGUCCCCCUUGAAAUCCACAUCAUGAGCAAGUGCCCCGACGCGCGUGACUGCGUCGAGCUCCUGGUUGCACCAGCACUGAAAAACGUAUCCGACAUCGUCGACUUCCGCAUGAGCUUCAUUGGGCGACGUCUCCAAGACGGUACAACAGCGUGUAUGCACGGCCCUUCCGAGUGCCUCGGAAACAGCAUCCACCUUUGUGCUGCACGCCUCUACCCCGACACCUACCUCCCCUUCUCUCUCUGCCUGCUGCACGACUAUGCGCGCCUCCCCGAUCAGGACUUUAUCGAGUCCUGCGCGUCAAAGCACGACGUUUCGUUCGAGAAGGUCAACGAGUGCAUUUCGUCACUCGAUCCGGAUGGUGGUAUGGCCUUGCUCGCGGGCAGUGUUGAUCGCAGCCGGAGAGCGGGGGUGACGACGAGCUGCACGGUGAGGGUGGAAGAGAAGGUGUGGUGUGUAAGGGAUGGUGGGAAGUGGAGGGACUGCGAUGGCGGGAGUGGGGUGGACGAUUUGGUGCGUGAGGUGGAGGAGCGGUACCGUAAGGGUAGUGCUGUGGUGGUGGAGAGCAUGGAGGAGGAGGAGGAGUAUGAGGCGGAGAAGCCAGGGAUGGUGCGACAGGAGAGGAAGAGUUUGAGGCAGAUGAUUGAUGAGAGGAUCAUCUGGAGAGGCUAG